AUGGCAGGCACAAAGCUAAUAUCACUAGGGCUCAUUGUCCUCAUGAGCAUGGGAUUAGCCAAUGCUGGUGAUAGUGGCCCUUAUGGUGCCCAUGCAAGUGCUGGAGGGGGUGGUGUAGGUGGUGGAACUAGCCAAGACGGUGGGUCCGGAUAUGGCUCAGGGUCAGGGUCAGGGUCAGGGUCAGGAUCUAGUACAGAUAGUCAAGGAGUGUAUUCUGAAUUUGGUCCUUAUGGAGGAGAAUCUUCUUCUAAUGCUGGUGGUGCCGGUGGUGGUGGGGGUGGAGGACAAGCUGGAGGUGCUUGGAAUUCCAAUGCUCAAGGAUCCGGUAGCGGCACCGGUUCUGGCUCUAGUUAUGCUAACAGGUAUUGGGAUGGUUCAAGUGAUGCGGGUGCAAGUGCUAACGGCGAUGGAGAUGGCACAGGAAAUAGUGAAAAUAGUGGUGGUGGCGGUGGUUCUGGUGCCGGAACUGGAUAUGGCAAUGCCUACCCAUAA